AUGAAGUUAAUUGCUGUUUUAAUAUUUCCAGUAAUUUUAAUAUUUCUGAUAGCAAUAUCGAGUUAAUAAAUUGCUCUCUUAUAUAUGGAGUAGUAUGUUUAAGAAUACGGAUUAAGUAGAGAAAUUUAUAAGAUUCCUGUUUAUAUAAGUAUGUUAAAUUCGCUCCAUGAUAAAAUUACGGAAGGACACGUAAUAUUGAAUAAUAAAAACAGGCCAAGUAUUGUCAAUCAGAUGCUUUUAUAUUAAUCAAAAUUAACUCCCGAAUUAUCUAAAUUAGCCUUUAAAAACACAAUAUUUGUAAACAGUUGGUUUUAGUAAAAUGUUACAUAAAUAGAUCAGCUAGACGUUUAAGGAUAGAAUAGUUCUUACUAAUUUUGCAAAUAGCUCUCUUAGUUCAAAACUAGAUACUUGAAUCAUACUUCAAUAUUUAUGAAUCCACCGAAAAUUUCUUUAGCUGCAGUACCUCCAUACUUAUCUUAAUAUACUUGCUAAAUGGCAAAUUCUAAGCAGUAUUAUGUAAUUGAUCCAAGGUCGUUGUCAAUAUUUUUUAAUUCAAAGAAAUAAUAUAACUACACAAAUAUAACUUAGGCUGAUGAUUUUUAUAAUAUAGAACUUUAGUAUCUAUAAGACCAAGAUUAAGCUCAAUAAAUAUUGAAAUACAUUCAAGAUAAUUAUAAUAAAUGGGUUUUUUCUUAAAAAAAUAAUAGUUAUGUAAAUAUCCUCUAAAUGAUUGAUUUAAGUCAGUAAGUUGAGGUCAUGGAUUAUAUAAGAAAUGGGACAACCUAUAAAGCUAUAUUUAAUCCUGUUAUUCAAUAUGAUCAAAUUCCUAAAAUUGUAACAAAAUACACUCAACAACAAGGCCUUUAGUUAUAGUAUGCAUAUCUUUAGAUUAAUAUUAUUUCUGAUUAUGAACUUAAAACUUAAACUAAUAUGAUCCUUAGCUUUUUUUCAAAUAUCUUUAUUGGAGUUUAAAUAACUCUUGCCUUAAUUAGCAUAAUAUUUUUGAUUAUAACUAUAAUUUUAGCAUUUUAGAUUAAAAAAUAAAUAACCUACCCAAUAAUAAAAAUGAAAGAAACUUUAGAAGAAAUUAAUUAGUUAAAAGAAUUUGUAGAAAUAUCAACAAUAAUAAAAAAAUAUGAGGAAAGAUCUGAUUUAAUACUUUUAUCUAAAGAAACUUACUUGCUUUAUUAGAGCUUUUUAGACUUAUUUGAAAUGAUAUAAUAUACUUCUGAAAGUUUCUUUAUUGAAAAUGAAGGUAAAACACUGAUAAGCCUUAGUAAAAAAGCAGACUUUUUUAUAAAGUUUAAGAAUUACAAUGCUGCAGGAGUUACUCAUAACAACAUUGGUAAUAUAUUAUUAAAUUAAGAGCACUUUUUUCAAGCUUUAGAGCAUUUCUCGCUUGCAAUUAUGUAUGCUAAAUAUGAAAUAUCUGCAUAUUAAGAUUGUAAUCCUGAUUCGUAUUAUAAUGAAUUUCUUUAUUAGUAUUCCUAUAGAGAAUAUACUAACAAUAUAGUAGGAGCUUAAAGAUAAAGACAAAAAUUAUCUAUCUCUUAAAAUUUUAUUAAAAGUAAAAUACAUUUUCCAAGAUCAUAUUAAUUUUCAACUGAAAAAUAAUAAAGCUAUGACUAUGCACACGAUUAAGCAUAGUUAGGAUUAAACAAAAAAAAUAUAUCGACUUCUUAAAAAACAUCUUCGCCUUAAGGUAGACUAAGGAAGUCAAGAAAAAUAUCUAAAGAAACAAAGACAAAGAUUGAAGAUAUUUUUUAAUAAUAAAAUUUGGGAAAAACAAUUUAAAGUUUGAAAAAAUUGAAGUAAUAAAACUAUAUUGCUACCUUAAUAGCUUUUCAAGAAAAGUAAGACUCUGCUUCAAACUAAUAAGAAGGAGUAAAAGGAUUCAAUUUUUGGAAAGAAAUUAACUAAAUUAAAACUUCAGGAAGUAGAAAAUUUGUUAAAAAAUUUAGAAUAGCAUUAUAGUGA